UUGAUCAAAGAGAGAUUGAAACUAGUGGUCUUCUUGUUCACUCAUUUCCACUAACAAUUCAAGCUGAUAAUUCUGUCACAACGGAAAAUCACCAAUCAUAGAAGACGAUAUCAGAAUGGUUUCACUUCAAAUAGUGAAGCAGUCCAAUGCUGGCAUUGCAUCAUUACCACAUGGACUUGUUGUUUUGUUCAUCGGCGCAACAUCAGGUAUUGGACAAAGUGCGCUCCAAAGCUUUGCUCGACAUGCCCCUUCUCCGCGAAUAUACACUGUAGCUCGCCCAUCUACUUUUGCCUCUCAUGAGAGCUUGUUGGCCUCGCUACGACAAUCUAAUCCUACUGCAACCUAUAAACUCGUUGAAGCAGACGUCUCCCUAGUCUCAGAGGUUGACAAAGCUGUGAACAGGAUCAUUGAAGAGGAGACCAAGAUCGACAUUCUCUUCAUGUCCGCCGGCUUCAUGGCAUUGGAAGGCAGGAAGGACACAAGCGAAGGGCUCGAUCCCUCUAUGUCAACUCGAUACUAUUCGCGUUUACGCGCAGUCCAAUUGCUGCUUCCCUUGCUCAACAAGGCCCCAAGCCCGCGCAUCGUCUCUGUGCUUGCUGGAGGGCUGGAGGGACCGCUCAACGAGCAGGAUCUCGACUUGCGCGACCCGAACAACUGGUCUUCCUGGAAUUCCUCAGUGCAGGCUACAACCAUGGCCACGCUGAUGCUCGAGAAGAUUGCACGGGAGAAUCCACGUCUGAGUAUUGUGCACUGGUACCCCGGGCCUGUUGAUACGCCAGGACUGGCAAAAAUACAGAAGUUUGGAAUGUCUUUUCCAAAUCCGAUGAGUCAGGAAGAGGCGGGCGAGCGCGCAGUAUUCUUUACCACUAGCGAUCGUUAUGCGGUUCAAGAAGGACUUCUGCCUGUGCCUGCUGGGCUUGAGGUUGCGAAGAAAUCAGGAGGGGGAAUCUUUCUACUUAACCCACAAGGUGAAAGUACUGACAACGAGGCUGUGCUUGACGAGAUGAGAAGAAGAGGGGUAGAUGAGGUCGUGUGGAAUUUUUCGCAGAAGGUAUUUACUGCUUGUAAUGUACAAGCAAGAGAAUCCAAGGACGAGUUAUGAGAAUGUAGGACAGAAUUGUUGUGUAUUUUCGCAGGGCCUGAUUAAUUCAAAUUGAAAAUAAAGUACCUAGAAUCACUUAUUUCGACAAGCAUUCAGAAUGGGAAGCAAUAAUAUGAC